UUUUCUCUCUGCUGCUCUGGUUUGGAGCGGGCUCUGGUCAGGGGAAGGCUGGAUUACAGUCCCCCCUUUGUUCGGCUGCGGCUCUGGCUCGGCUCUGCUGCGGGGAUUGUAAAUAAUAGUGAGGCAACAACAUGGCUGACGCGGCGGCGGCUGCUGCUGCUGCUGGUUAGCAGGCGAAUGUCUCUGAUUUCAGCUCAGUGAGAGCUGUGUGUGUAACGCUGUCGGGUUCAGCAUUUGCCUGUUUUCAGCAAUACUGCAUUUCAUGGACGCCUCCUUGGAAUAAUAACCGGCGCUGCAGUCGAUAAGCUCGGCUGGGUGGCCGUUGCUGCAUCGUUAGCCAGCCAGCUAACCUAUAGCUAUCUGACCUAACCUAGCCAACCCAGAUUAUACAUUAGCCAGAGCUAGCUAGGUUUUUGAAGCCCUUCACCAAAACCGAAAGACUGGACCUCUACCAGCUCCCAGAGCCCUGAUUGGGCUGCUGACACCCAGCUUUCAGCUCUCAGACCAAUCUCACAUUCCUGUCUGCUGGUGUUGCAGCGCUGGAUUAUAUGCCCGCGUUUUCCCACACUGUAGUCGACCCCCCUUUUAUUUAAACCCCCCCUCCUGUGGCUCUUUCAUUCAUCGGAAAGAGUACAAUUGAUAUUUUCACCCUAGUCCGGCAGCCAAGCUGCUCCCCUACAUCCAGAUGAAUGAAGACCCCAUUCGGGAAGAACGCAGGCCAGAGAUCCAGAGCUGAUGCAGGACACCCUGGAGUCUCUGCAAAUAUGAUGAAAAAGAAGAAUUCACACAAAAAACACAAAAGCAGCGUCGGGCCCACCAAGGUGUCGCAGCCCCGGCGGAACAUCGUGGGCUGCCGUAUUCAGCACAUCUGGAAGGAGGGCAGCGGCGCGGCGUCGCAGUGGAAGGGCACAGUGCUGGACCAGGUUCCGGUCAACCCGUCGCUGUACCUGAUCAAGUACGACGGGUUCGACUGCGUUUACGGGCUGGAGCUGCAUAAGGACGAGCGGGUGCAGGGGCUGGAGGUUCUGCCGGAUCGUCUCGCUUCUACGCGCAUCAGCGACGCCCACCUAGCCGACACUAUGAUAGGCAAGGCGGUUGAGCAUAUGUUUGAGACUGAAGAAGGCUCGAAAGACGAGUGGCGGGGCAUGGUGCUGGCCCGAGCCCCCAUCAUGAACACAUGGUUUUAUAUCACUUAUGAAAAAGACCCCGUCCUCUACAUGUAUCAGCUCCUCGACGACUACAAGGACGGAGAUCUGAGGAUCAUGCCGGAUUCAAACGACUCUCCCCCAGCGGAGCGGGAGCCCGGGGAGGUAGUGGACAGCCUGGUGGGGAAGCAGGUGGAGUACGCCAAAGAGGAUGGCUCUAAACGGACUGGCAUGGUCAUCCACCAGGUGGAGGCCAAGCCCUCCGUUUAUUUCAUCAAGUUCGAUGACGACUUUCACAUUUACGUGUACGACUUGGUGAAAACGUCGUAGGCGGCGAGGGAGGACGCGGAGGUAGCGGUGGAGGAGACUGACUGACUUCGGAUGUGAUCCACAAACUCUGCCAAAAGUUCUCGUGGAACGUUUCUUGCACCAUCUCGGGGAGACGUGACGACGGAUAUUUCACUGGAGCCUUGGAUUGCCACUAGUUAAGUGUCUUUUUAUUGUUUUGUUCUUUUGGUUUUUUUUGGUCGUUUUGUUUCCUGAUGAAGGGAAAGCUGUGUUUCACAUGAAAUUCCCUAAACAAAAGUAGCUUAAAUAUUCAAAUGGUUGUCUUUUUUAGUAUUGUUCAUUCCUGUUGGUUAAAGAUAACGAGUGAACAUCGAUUCCACUUGAGAAAGUGGGGAAAGAAGAAGAAGAAACGGUUAAAAAAAAACAAAAAACGGCCCGGAAUCAAAUCAGUCAUCUGCCUACAGAAGUUCUCAUAUUGCCUGUUUUCAGUUAUGAAUUGGGAUGAAUUGGGAUGAAUGGGUGGAUGGAUGGUGAUAUGUUGUCAGAUAUGGAUGAAUUGGAUGAAAUUAGCUCGAGCAUGAUGACUGUUACGGCUCCAUGCGGAGCUCAGCCUUUACAUGUCGCCCAAAUACUCGUCUGUUUCGGUAUUUUUACUCUAAUUAUUUAAUUGUUCCCCCUUUUUUCUGCUUUGCCGAAGUUCUGCCCCCCAGCAGUGAGGAUGUCCGGCUCAGUUUCUCCGUUAGAACCGUCUCUCUCUCUCUCGCUAUGAAUUGUACUCAUCAUCUGUUUGUUAGAUGAUGUAUAUAUAUUUGUAGUGUGCACAUCACCAGCUUCUUGCGCUUUUCUUCACUUUAAUUUUCUCUUUACUUUAUAUUCUACAACAAUCUCUUUAUUUUUUACAACACGAUUAAAUGCUGAUGCAGCUUAUCGAUGAAUUAUCUGAAGCACUAAUGUUGUUUGACCUCUAUGAAAAAAGAUUGGAGCACUUGAUUUUUAUCGUUUUCUCUCUGGAACAUGUGAGUUAUCAGAUUCAGUCACUUAUUUAAAAGCUGUUUAGAAAUGAGCGUUUUUAAGCGUUUGACUGAAUUCAUUAUAUAUGUGUCUUGUGUGAAAUCCUGCUAUUGCUCUGCUUUAUCUUAUGUACUUAUGGUGUUUUAAGCGUAUUUGCAAUUUGUACUUUACUUUCACCAUGUAAUGAAAAAUACAUGGAGAAUUUUCCGACAUUGUCUUUGUUUUAUUCGUAUUUUUAUAUUUUGUCCAGUUCUACAAUUCAGCAAUGUUUUUUGUGAGAUUUGACUAUUUCUGAUUUUAAAAACUGUCAGAACAAUUGGCCUUUUAACUUGUUUGUUUGUUUUGUGUUCAUUUUUUGUUUGUUUGUUUUUUUCUCCCUAAUGAAGGGAAAGCUGUUUUAACAUAUUUUUUAAACAGAAUUUGGUUGUUUUGAGAAAUUGGCCACAAUAAUUUUUGUUUGUAUGAUCAUUUUUGUUUGUUUUUAUACAAAGGAAUGGAUAGCUGUGUAUUCAACACAAUAUUUCCUAAACAUGAUAAAAUUUUGUUUGUUUUGUUUUAUUUUAAGAGAACAAGUUCAGAAAAUUGGCCACAUUUUUUUUUUUUUCCCAAAUGAAGGGAUACCUGUGUUUAACAUGAUAUUUUCUAAACAAAAAUUGCUUUCGUUGACAAAAAGUUGUCUUUUAGCAUUUUUAUCUGCUCUUAUCGAGAGAACAAGUUUUUAAAAAUUUGGUCACAGAUUUGACAAAUGAACUAAAGAAAAAGAAUAACACAGGAAAUUGAUGCAAUAAUAAUUCAGAAGUAUUCAGGAAGUGAACUGCAAUCUUUCCACUCUGUCCUCUCUCUGCUCUUAUACGAUAAGUAACGAUAUGGUUCUUACACAAUUAGCCUUUUGAGAUUUGCUCUUUUUUUAUUUCUCACUUCUUUUUUACGUGUAAAUGUGCGUGCCUCGCUGUUCGAUUGUCUGGUUUCGAUAUUUUAAUGUUUUGUGUUUCCAAUCCCAUCGGAUCUCUACGUACAAGAUUGACCUGCGGCCCCCUUUAGGAAUGUUCCAAUGUUUAAAGUAACACACUCACACACACACGGUUUUCUCGCAGCCACAUGUGUUUUUCAUUACCUCACGCUUCUUGUUCGCGAGUGUUCGGCCCACUGCAGCUCGACCCUUCUGUUUUUUUGUGUUUUUGCUGCAGGGUUCAGCUGCCUGUAGAAGCUCUGCCUCCGAAGGGAACAAAAAAAUGCCUGACGCUAGCGUUAACUUUAACGUUAACAUUAGCAAUAUUACGUCUCGUUUUUUUGAUAUGCACAAGCAGCAAUCUGAACGUGGCCUGUAGACAGUGAAACUGAUGUGACUUUGUUUUUUCGUAUAUAUAUUUAUAUAUAUAUAUAUAUAUUCCAUUCUCCCAGUAUUGAACCUACGACCUUAAAGCAGGCAGCCCUGCUUAACUUACCAAAAAGUAAAAAAAAAAAGUAAAGAAAAGAAAAAGUUUGGCUGAGGGGGGAUCAUCAUCAUCGCCUUCGGUUGCAGCUCGGGACUCGCCGUUUGUGUGCUAUUAGUUAUAAGUGGAGAGGAGACUGCCGGCCUUGUAAUAACAGAACUGUUGCACCCUCAGUAUCUGUUGCAGCUACGUGUAGUUAGCUACCGAUUUUUCUUUUUCUUUUUUUUUUGUACAUUUUUUUAACGUAACAGAUUCUGUCUUAUCAGUGGCAUAUGGGCGUGUCAUUAUGCAAACGGACAUUCAGAAAAAGACAUGUUCGACGGAUUGGCCUUUUCUUUACAUUUACCUACUGUAGUAUUGUACCGUGUUUGAUGUCAGGUCGACGUGGGAAAUCGAAAAACAAAAUAAGAAAAAAAAAAUGACGCAAAAAAAAAGACAAAAACACGAACGCUAGGCCAUUCUUUUUGCAUGAUAUGAGUAGAGUUGUAACUGUAUGUUAGUGUGAUGCAUGUGUACCCGUCUUUUUAUUUCAGUUAUUUGUUCCCUAAAUGAAAGUUUGUUGUGUUGCUAAUUGUGAAUUUCCUGUUUUUUUAUUAUGAAUAUUAUUAUUAUUUUAUUUUCCCCAUUUCUUAAAAAAAAAAGAAAAUAAGUAUUUUAUUUUCUACUAUGCUCUAUCGGAUCAAAUGCACUGGUGUUCUUUGUGGAGUGCCAACUUGAAGGGCAAGGUACCAGUGUUACACAGCAUUUGAGGGAUCAUAUCUUUUUAACGUAGUUUGUACCCCGUAGCGCAGCGGGGCGGAUUCGUACGUAACGUAACGUGUUAUUGUAAUAGUUCUGGAAUUCUGACGAAGAACAGUCAAAGAAGGAAAAAAGCCUUACAUGAUUGGAGUAAAAUUGAUGAUAAUAAAGAAAGAAUUAAGGAAACAAAAAAACGCACAAAGUGCACGUACGAGACGUCACUCACGCUACACAUAUCCGAUAUUCAGCCUUGUACAUAUCAGACUGAGGAAUUGAGAAAAUCAGGGGUUUUCCUGUUUUAGUGCACAACACAAUGUCAGAUUCCCAAAUAUGAUCCCUUUGAGAUGCUGUUGCUCUUUGAUUAUUUUGUAAAAAAAGAAAAACAAAAAAACAGAACAGUGCAAUUUGAUGAUUGUCGCAGAUACAUGUAUAGUUCAGAUUUCAUGUUCUCCUUCACGUAUAGGUAAAUGGCUUCUACUGGACCGCAUUUUUUUUCUAAAUUGUAGAUAGUUCAUUUUAUUUGCAUUUAGAAGUAUAAACACAUUUUAAAACCUGUUACUUAAUUCUGUAAGUAAUUUUUAUAAUUAUUAUGUAAGUCUAUCCUUAUAAGAUUAAAAAAAAUAAAACUUCAUGUGAAACAA